AUGUUAAAUUCUGAUAAAAAAAAUAAAGAAAUAGACAUAAAUCGACUACCUGUAGUAUGCGUGGAUGAAUAUGAUAUCAAUAAUUCUCAAGAAGAUGAAGAACUACUUAUUAACAACUACAUUGAUGAAAGUGCAUCUAGCAUAGAUUACUUACCUGAUAUAGAAACAGAAGAAAUAUUUAGUGAAUUCAUAGAUCCGCUACAGGUUACAGUCAAAUACAUAGCUGAGGUCACCGGUGCACCCCAUGGCGCACAAAUACAGAAAAUAUAUUUUCCGGUACCCGGCGCCGCGCCGCCCACCCCGCCGGCCACCCGCUACACCAGUAGUGCGCUCGCGCUUACGUUAAUGUGCGAGCCUUUAGAUAUGGAUUUAGCUAUGGAGGACUUCGAAUUUACGCAGGAUGAAUGGAAGCAAAUCAACGCGUCAGAAAUUUCUUUUUCGAUCGCUUCUAUAAACAAUGACGCUCUCGUAGAAUCGGAUAGUGAACCCAUGCAAUUACCGAAAAAGAAAAGACGUUUGGUUAUCGCAAGUGAUAGUGACAGUGAGUCGGCUGAAAAUUUUGUUACCGCCAAUAUAACGCAAAAUGACCGUAUUUCCUCAAAAUGGUCGAGGCCAAAAAGACGACAGCCAUCAGUGAUUCCUUUCAUCGAGUUCGAGGGUAUGAAACCUCCAUAUUCUAAUUUGCUGAAAGAAGCUGGCCCUGACCAGUAUUAUGAUCUAUUGGUGCCUGAAGAAAUUCUUGAAAUGAUUGCUGAGCAGACAAAUUUGUUCGCAAGUCAAAACAUCACAGCCAGGCAAACAAAGCCUGGAUCAAGGUCUCAUUCAUGGAAGCCAACAAACAAGACAGAAAUAAAACAGUUUCUUGGGCUGGUCUUGUUUAUGGGCGUAGUAAAGCUGCCGAAAUUAGCUUAUUAUUGGAGCAAAGACAAGAUACUUGGACAAACUUUUCCAGCCACCGUUAUGAGUAGGAACCGCUUCGAGUUACUACUGCAAUACCUACACUUUAGCGACAAUUUAUCUUUAAUCGAUUUAAUACCUUUAAUCGAUGCUCUCAAUGCUACUUUCCAGAAAUAUUAUUCGCCUAAAGAAGAUGUUUGUGUGGAUGAAAGCCAAGUACCUUUCAGAGGUCGAAUAAUAUUCAGGCAAUACAAUAAAACAGAUUCCCAAGAAAUAAUUAUCAAUGAAAGACCUAAAAGACUCAAGCAUGUUCUAAAAUUAAAGGAAGGAAAAGUAAGAGACACGCGUCGUUUUUGCGUGCAAUGUUAUAAAGAUUCAGUACAGGAAUUUGGUCGUAAAGUAGCUAAGAAUAAAGCUAAGAAAUAA